CUGAGUAUUAUCGCGUUCCUAGAGCUGCUGGAUGCGGGGAAUAAGAAGGGGAAUCUGGUGCAGAAGAGCCAGGUGAUUGCUACCAGCUCUAUCGGGGCUUUCAAUAGGGUACCGUUGGCCGGGUAUGCGUACGGAGGUAGUAAGGCCGGAGUGGUACAUUUGAUGAAGCAGUUUGCAACGACUUUGGUGGCGUAUGAUGUCAGAAGCAAUGUUAUUGCACCAGGGUAUUAUCCGUCUGAGCUUACGGAAGGAAUGCUCAAGGCGAAGGAGGAAACGGGAUUUACGAAAGCUGAGGUACCGUUACAGCGUGCUGGGAAUGAAGAUGAUAUGGCCGGAGUGAUUUUGUUCCUGGCAUCGAGAGCUGGGGCGUAUAUUAAUGGGAAUGUGGUAGUCACGGAUUGGGGGAGGUUGAGCGUUUUGCCGGCAACUUAUUGA